AUAUACACAUGAAAUUCAAAGCAUUAUUAUAACUCACUGCAUUCUUCUUUUCUUUUUACAUAAAAAAGUUGGAUCAAAAUCUACAAAAAUUGAAUGGCGUCGAGGAAAGAUUUCAAGGAAGACAGAGCCGAAGCAGCUGCAAAACUAGCUGCAAAAGACAUCGGCGACGUAAACAGAGCAAACGAACGAGAAGAAGGAUACAAUCUUAAUUCCGAAAUACAGUUCAAACAAGCACGUGCUGAAGCAGCUUCAAAACUCGCUGCUAAAGAUCUGGAAGACGUUAACAGAGCAAAAGAAAGAACAUUGAAUGCUUCUUCUGAAACAGGGUAUUAUCAAGAAGAGAAACCCGGCGUUAUUGGAUCAAUGCUGAAAGCGGUGAACAACACUUUCGGACACGCGAAAGAUGCUGUUGUUGGUAAGAGUAACGAAGCUGGUGAAAAAGUAAAGGAAACUUCUGAUUAUGCUUAUCAGAAAGCGAAGGAAACAAAAGACAGCACUGCGAACAAAACAGGGGAAUAUGCUGAUUGUGCUGCGGAGAAAGCGAAGGAGACGAAAGAUGCGACGGUGAAUAAAGCUGGAGAGUAUAAGGAUUAUGCUGCAGAGAAGGCGAAGGAAGCGAAAGACGUGACGGUGGAGAAAGCGAAAGAGGUGAAAGAUGCGACAGUGAAUAAGGCGGGAGAGUAUAAAGAUUAUACGGCUGAGAAGGCUAAAGAAGGGAAGGAUGGUACUGUGGGGAAACUUGGUGAGUUGAAGGAUUCGGCUGCUGAUGCUGCUAAGAGAGCUAUGGGUUUCUUUUCUGCGAAGAAAGAGGAAACUAAGGAAAUGGUGAGUGGAACAGAGGAAGAAUAUGCAAGGAGAAGAAUGGAUGAUUUAAGUGUGGAAGGAGGGAGGCGGGGUAGAGAGAAAUUGGUAGUGAAGGUGGAUGAGAGUCGUCCUGGAGUGGUGUCUGAUGGGCUCAGAGCAGCUGCCGGAGUAGAUCACAGUGGAGGACAUUUGGAGGAAGAAGGCACCAUACAUGUUGAGCGUCGUCGUGAGAAAAUGUGAUCAUCAUCAUCAUAUGCAAUCUUCUUGUUGCCAUGGAGUGGAAUUAGUAGUUUUUUUUCAUUUUCAAGUGCAAGGUUAUGAAUGGGUGGAGGCAUGAUAAACCCAGGCCUGGAAAUAGCACAUAAUAAUCGAGUUGGGCUCUUUUUUAUUUCCACGGGCUAUUUUUCAUUGUUUGGAACUUGGGCUUAUAAAUGCAUGUCACUGAUUCUUAAUAGAAUAAACCCAACGCUUAUGAAUGCA